AUGCGGAUCACUACGAACAUCAUAAGGUCAACUUGCAUCUUGCGCAUGCCGCCGUGCCUUGCACCUGUCAUCAUAGCUCCCCUGGAAAGAGGUCAGUCGUCCCCUGUUUACGAGCCGUAUGUCCGACGAACCGAGAUAGCACAGGUCGAGGUCCUCCUCCCGCCCGGCGCCCCCGUCGCCUUUGCCUUCUGCAACACCGCUCAAAUGCAAGCCUUGGAGCCUCAGCAUCGUCCUUACCAACGCUGGAAAGAACUGUUCUAUUGCAAAAGCACUAAUGCAUCUCUUCUGGCAUCUUUGGUGCUCAAAGACGACAGGCUGGAGGACUUUUACGGUCUGGACAAGAACCUCCUUCAACACUUCGAUUGGUGCCAACAUGAACACGAACUCUUCAGGACGGAUGCCGCCACUUACAUGCAGUGGGUGUUGGCCGCCGGUGCCGUGAACCUGUCGGAUAGCAUCGCAGACCGAGCGAUGACGCGGUUUGCAAGUCACUUCGAGCGGUGGUCCCGCCUGCGUGAAACGCCUUCAAGCGAGGCCGACGGUGAUGAAGACCAGCAAGAAGAUGAAGGCAAUCACAACAUUGACGACGAUGUCGACAAAGAAUCAAUCGCGCAUGAGGAAUAUGUCUGCAUCGCAUUGCUAGCCCGAGAGCGUGAGCGCGCGAGCCCUAAUAGAGAAAGUAACAUCGCGCACCCGUUCUUCAUGCUCUGGAAUGCUCACUCGCAAGAGGCGCAGGACCUUGCAGAAAAGCUCGUCGAUGAACGUACCUUUGCACUGCAAGCGCAGCAGCAGCUUUCAGACACAUCGUUUGCAUUCCAUGUCCAUAACUUCUCGCUUCUUCAUCGCCGCUGUCAAAUGUCUCCUCGCGAGUACUUGCUUCGAGUUUUUUACCAUUCCGAUGGAUUCAGGCGAAUUCAGAUUGAAGGCGAUAGCAUCCAUUUCCAGGUGACCGGUUCUCUAGCCCUUGCUGCACUCGAUCUCAUCGCACGUAUAGACGCUUGA